AUGGCCUCAGGCAAGGUCUGGAGUGCGCCGUGGUCUGAGAAGGGAAAGAUGGCAACUGAGACUCCCAUCUCCUCGUCGCAGGUCCCUGAGACCGAAUAUGAUCACGACUAUGAGAAGCAUGGCGCCAAUCGGGAUUCCAACCCAAUGCCCGAUUUGAAGCGAAAGUUGAAGAGCAGGCAUUUGCAGAUGAUUGCCAUUGGUGGAACAAUUGGAACCGGUCUCUUCAUUGGUAGUGGUACCGCCAUCGCAAAUGGCGGCCCUGUGGGCGCUCUCAUCGCAUACAUCUUCGUCGGAACCAUCGUCUACUCGGUCAUGACAGCUCUGGGAGAAAUCGCCACCUAUCUUCCUAUUCCUGGUGCCUUUACCGCAUAUGCAACUCGAUUCGUUGAUCCGAGCUUGGGUUUUGCCAUGGGUUGGAUUUAUUGGUUCUCUUGGGCCUCAACUUUCGCUCUCGAGCUCACGGCCACCGGUCUGAUCAUUGAAUUCUGGGAUAGCAGCAUCCCCAUAGCCAUAUUCAUCGCAGUCUUCUGGGUUGUGAUCAUUAUCUUGAACAUGAUGCCUGUCAGCUGUUAUGGUGAACUUGAGUUCUGGUUUGCAAGCAUUAAGGUGAUUACCGUCGUUGGUUUUAUGAUCUUCGCGAUUUGCGUGGAUGCGGGUGUUGGCGACCAGGGAUACCUCGGUUUCCGUUACUGGGUUCACCCGGGUCCUUUUGUCGCUUAUAGUGCUGUCACUGGCAAUGAUAACCUAGCCAAGUUCGUUGGAUUCUGGUCCGUUCUGAUCCAGGCCGGAUUCUCAUACCAGGGUACUGAGUUAGUCGGCAUCGCCGCUGGUGAGACCGAGAAUCCUCGCAAGACUGUCCCCUCGGCGAUCCGCAAGACCUUCUACCGGAUUGUCUUCUUUUUCGUUCUUACCAUUUUCUUCAUUGGGAUUGUUGUGCCUUCCGACAACGAAGGUCUUCUUGCCAGUGAGGGUAGCGGAGCCAGUGCCAGCAACGCCAAUGCCUCUCCACUUGUGAUCGCAGCUCGCCUUGCUGGGGUCUCGACACUUCCCAGCAUUAUCAACGCCGUGCUUCUCACCGUGGUGCUCUCGGCGGCCAACUCGAAUGUCUACAGCGGUAGUCGUAUCGUUGUUGGUCUUGCGCAGGAGGGUUUCGCGCCGCGAUUUUUUAAGAAGACUACCAAGGGUGGUGUGCCCUACUUUGCUGUCGGCUUCACCGCUCUCUUCGGUCUUUUGGGUUUCCUAAAUGUGUCGGACGCAGGGUCAACUGUGUUUGACUGGCUGCUCCAGAUCGCCGGUGUGGCUGGCUUCAUCACCUGGGCCUCUCUGAACAUCUGUCACCUUGCCUUCCAGCGGGCGCUCAAGGCUCGUAACAUCUCCCGGGAUGUUUUGCCAUACAAGGCUAUGUGGCAGCCAUGGUACUCGUGGUAUGGACUGUUCUUCAACGUGUUGAUCAUCCUCACUCAGGGCUUCACUUCGUUCCUCGGGUCCUUCCAAGUCAAGGAGUUCUUUAUCGAUUAUAUCAGUUUGAUGCUGUUCGUGGUUCUAUAUGCAGGUCACAAGAUCAUCGUUCGCCCUGCGUUCGUCAAGCCGAUUGAGGCCGAUCUGGACACUGGCCGAACCUCCUUUGAGAAUGAGACGUGGGAAACGAACGAGCCAACCACUUGGUAUGGCAAGGUGUGGGGUUGGAUUUGUGGAUAA